AUGCAACCAUUACGGCUUUUAGCUCUCACGGCCUUUCUUAAAGGCGCCUGGGCCCUUGGUGCCAAUUGUACAGGGUCCUUUGAUGCCAUCUCGGCCUCUGAUUUCGUGGGGAAAAUUAAUCCCGGGUGGAAUUUGGGCAACAGUCUUGACGCUACCCCGAAUGAAGAUUCUUGGAACAAUCCCCCCGUUCAAGAAUCGACCUUUGACUAUGUCAAGUCAGCGGGAUUCAAAAGUGUUCGCCUUCCAGUUACUUGGACACACCACUUCACUAGUGAAUCUCCUGACUGGACCGUUGAUCCAGAAUGGCUGCAGAGAGUUUCUGAUGUUAUAGAAAUGAUCACGUCUCGUGGUCUAUACACUAUUGUCAAUGUCCAUCACGACUCGUGGGAAUGGGCGGAUGUCACUCAAUCUGAUGCAAACAUUACGCAAAUUGAGGAAAAAUUCGAGAAGCUUUGGUACCAGAUUGGUACUAAAUUGGCUUGCAAGUCAAGCAUGGUCGCUUUCGAAACCAUCAAUGAACCACCUUGCAAUACUGCGGAAGAUGGUGCCAAGAUAAAUACAUUCAAUGAGAUUUUCCUCAGAGCAAUCAAUCGUGCCGGGGGCUUCAAUGCAAAGCGUGUCGUCAACCUAGUAGGUGGAGGGAUGGACAGUGUGAAAACUUCCCAGUGGUUCAAAACCCCUGCCAAUGUCACAAACCCAUGGGCUCUUCAAUUCCAUUUCUAUGCACCUUACGACUUUAUCUUCAGCGCAUGGGGUAAGACUAUUUGGGGCUCAGACUCAGAUAAGAGUGAGCUUGACAGCACCCUCGCCCUUCUUCGAGGCAACUUCACCGAUGUUCCCAUCGUCCUUGGAGAGUUUGAUGCCUCUCCAACCAACACCGAGCCUGCAGCACGCUGGAAAUAUCACGACUACCUCAUUCGUACCGCGAAAAAGUACAAUAUGAGCCCUAUUCUCUGGGACAACGGACUUGACCACCUGGACCGCUCAUCAGGCAUCUGGCGCGACCCAACAUCAAUCGAGAUCCUCACCAACGGGGAAGAGACGAACAGUCUUCCCGACAGCACCGUAGACACCUCCGCAUCAAGUCAAUGGUCUUCAGCAUACAUUUACCACAAAGUUGGAACAGAAGUCACUGAUCAGACUCUCCCCUUCCUGUUCAACGAGAACACCCUCGUCUCCAUCGAAGACUCGAAGGGUACCGCCCUAAAGGCAGACACAGAUUACACCGUCUCCGAUUCCAACAUCACAUUCCCUGCCUCGCUGCUCUCGACCUAUUACUCGGAAACGUCCGAGCCCGGCCUCCUCCCCAACUUCACCCUCAAGUUCUCCUCAGGAGCAUCCCCUGUUGUCCAACUCGUCCAAUGGGACACCCCAACACUCUCAGCGACUUCCGCCGCCGCCUCAUCCGUCUCAGGAUCCGACCUCUCCAUCCCCAUCACAUGGAAAGGCAUUCCUAAACUCGCCACCGUUAAGGCCGUCCUCAGCAAUGGCACGUACUUAUUCGAUGACUUCACCCAAUGGUUUGGUCCUUUCAGCGAAGCCAGAACAACAUACAGUGGCCAAUGGAACUGGGAUGACACGAACGUGAUUCUCACACAGGCUACAAUUGAAGCCGUUAUUGCUGCAGGCCAGGAUGCCGUUUUCACGUUCGAAUUCUAUCCGCGUGUUGACACGACGACCAACACGGUCAAUUUUACUUUGACUGUUUGA